AAAAUGGCGUCAAAUGAUAGGAAAGUAGGUGACGGGCAACAGAAAGAUGAUAAAAAUGUUAGUCCACAGAAAAGGAAGACGGAAUCAGAAGAUGAAAAUACAACAUCAGCCAGCAAGUUGAUGAAAACAGACAGCAAAGGACCAGUCAGCAUGACGUUUGGGAAAAAACCUCCAGGAAUCAGCAUGAAUCUUGGUGGUGUGAAAAAGCCAGGUGGUGGAAUAAGCAUGAAUAUUGGUGGGAAAAAAACACCUGUGGCUCCUAUCAAGAUGUCAUUGUCAGCACAGUCACAGAAGGUGGAACAAAGUGUUGUGAAGCCAAAGUGUGACAAGGUUGCUUCUGUGUUUAAUCCAGAAAGUGAUAGUGAUGAGGAGGAGAUGCCAUUCGAGGCAAAGAUGAGGAUGAGGAACGUCGGCAGGGAAACUCCGACAGCUGCAGGACCGAAUUCAUUUGGAAAAGGAAACCUUGGCUUCUGUGACCGAAAUAAAAUGAUUGAGCGUGACCUCAAAAAACAAAUGGAGCAACUUGGCAAUGCUGCUGACAAAAAGUUUGAUAAAACAUGAGCUGCAGUGUUGUGUGCUUGAGGCGUUGUUCGUAACUGGAGAUAAUGUGUAUAACUGUGUGUACACUCUAAUGUGCUUAUUGGCACAACUGAGGUUGAGACCGUUUGUGGAACAGCUUUACAGUCGGCAAAAUAUUAUUUUUUUCUCUUCGGUCUUGUAGACUUUCAGACUUCAACACUUGUAAAUUUUAGCAGUUCAAAUAGAAGUUUUGGAUGAGCUUGGGGAAAAUAAGAUUUAAUUUGUAAGUGGAAUUUUCAUAAAUUACUAGAUGCAUCAUAGCUGUUUGUCUUUGAACCAAGGAGUUGGCCAGACUCCCGAACUUUCCAAUGUAUGAAAAACAUGUACAUCAUCCGUUAUUAAAUUGAUGGUAGAUUCACACUGCCAGACUUCUGGUUCCUUUACCCAGGCUAAUUUAAAAUAUACUUAUGCAGUUCACAAUGAGAAAUUCUGUUUAACAGAAUUGAAGUUUUGUCCUGACAUUAACAUUUGUAAAUGAUUUUCAUGUUAUUAGGCUUUUACAAUAGUUUGUUUUGUUGUGUAUGUAGUGCAUAUAGUUACAUAUCUUUUUUAUGAGACUUUGUUUUUUCAUAAGCAAACAGUAAUUUGCAUAUUGUGUGUUCUAAUGAAUCAGUCUUUAAGGGACUAGACUCCAGAUGGUCCAAAAAUGGGCAAUUAUUAUUACAUUAUUUCCCCAAAACAAACCUAGAAUUAUCAAUGAGAGCUAGUAGGAGGCUGAUAAUACAUCGUUUCACAUGAUUAAAAGAGUAUAUGCAACAAUCAAGUUUCUGUCUCAUCUGACUUUCCCCAUUUGAAAAUAGUGCAAAAUGGUUUCCAUGUUUUUUGAUAAUUUCCUUUUUUCUUGCAAUUGUAUCAUCUGGUGUCUAGUCCCUUUAAGAUGUUUUCAAGGCUAAUAAAUGAUUCAUAAGGAUAUGUACAUUAUAUUAACACUAAGUGUAUAUUAAAGAAAAGCUUUUAUUCAAAGUCAGAAGACAUUGUUGUAACUUUGAUCAGUAUCUGAUCCUACAAUAAAUGUUGAAAGAUGA